UAUUAAUUAAAGAUGGUUUUAGGGUAGGUUUUUUCUUUUUUCUCCUAACAAGUGAUGUUCAUUUGGCUUUUGGUAUUUAUUACACCACUUUAUGUAUUUUUGGCAAGCGUAAUGGCAAAAGGACUUCAAAUACUUUUUCAAAUGUCAAUAAAUAGAUAAUCAUUAAUUUAUAAAUAUGUGGGAGAUGUUAGUUGGUUGUUCCCAUUCAAAGUAAGAAAUUAUAUUUAAUAAUUUAGCAAAAUGAAUAAGAAUUUAAAUUAGUGCACAUAAUAUUGUUAGCUGUAUUAAUAGGUUUGGUUUCUCUAAUUAUUAUUGGUGGGGUGAUGUUAUAAAAUUAAUUUGAAAAACAGAAAAUAGUAGAAAAGAGAGAAAGUAGAGAAGGAAAAUCAAAUAAGAAAGUUGUUAGCGAAUGAAAAAUGGU